ACUUGGAAACUUGUAAAACGGAUGACUUUGGAAAAUCUGGACACCAUUCAUUUUAGUCUAAUCGGUCUGUAAUGUUACUCGGUUUUAGACUUCUAUACAUUUCCACAAAUUUGAAAAAAGCGUCUGUACAAUCAUAGAUAGCUUCUGUGCUAAACUCUUCAAGCCUCCCAGCUUUGGCUUCCUCAUGAACUAUGUUACUCAUUACUUGCUCUUUGUUUUUCUGGCAUCUUCAUAUCUGCACACUACCCAACUAUGCUUGGGAGAUGGACUUCAGAGUAGUGUGAGAUCAUCAUCAUGCAUCGAGGAAGAGAGACGAGUUGCAAAGAUGGACCUUCGAAGGAGAUAUUAUUGAUACUUCGGGCAGGCUUUCAUCUUGGGUGGGUCUGGAUUGCUGUCUAUGGAAAGGGAUUUCAUGCAGCAACUAUACAGGUCACGUUGCAAAGAUGGACCUCCGCAAUGAUCAAGGCAACCACCAGCUGGGAGACUUUUUGGAGGGUAAGAUUAAUCCUUCUUUGCUUAGUCUUAAGAACUUGUAUUACCUUGACCUAAGCAGAAAUGAUUUUCACGGACAUCCAAUUCCUAAUUUCUUUGGGAAGCUUACAAGUUUGAGGUAUCUUAAUCUCUCCCAUGCUUCAUUUGUGGGAGAGAUUCCCCCAGCUCUUGGCAACCUCUCAAACUUGAACUACCUUCCCCCAGCUCUUCAGCUCAUCUUUAUUAUUCCAAUAACUUGCCUCAAAACCCUUGAUGCAUCUGAUAAUUUUAUCAAUCUCAUCCUUGUUGAAUUUGCAAACCUUAAGUCUUUAGAAGAUCUUGAUUUAAGUGCAAAUUUUCUCCAAGGUCAAAUUCCCCAAGUCAUUGGUACUUUGUGCAACCAAAGAAAAUUAGAUUUCUCAUGGAAUUCGUUCAAUGGCAGUUUGGAAGAGGUUUUGAAUGGUUUCUCAAACUGUACAAAGUAUAGAUUAGAGUCCCUUGAUUUGUCCCACAAUAUGGUGGAAGUCCAUACCAAAAGAAUGGUUGUUGAAGAUGUCUUUCCAGCUCACAUGGUUUUGGAUUUAUCUUACAACCAAAUCCGUGGAAAGCUUCCAUUUCACAUAAACUUCUCAUCUUUGCGUCAUAUAGAUUUGAGCCAUAGUCAAUUUGAUGGCCCUCUACCACAUUGGUCUAGUUAUGCUGCGACAAUACUCGAUCUUAGAAGCAAUUCUUUUUCAAGACCGAUUCCCUCAAAUUAUGAUCAAUUGUUGCCUAACUUGAGAGUAUUGUGUCUAUCUGAGAAUCAUUUGAAUGGCAGUAUACCACCCUCUUUGUGCAACAUGUCAAGUUUAUCCGCCCUCGUGUUGAGAAGCAAUCACUUAUCUGGAGAAUUCCCUUGAGCAUGGAGUCUGUGGCCAGAGAUAAUCAUUGUAGCUGUCUCAGACAACAUUUUGUUCGGUAAUAUACCCAGUUCAAUGGGAGUUCCCAGCACAUUAUACGUAUUGGCUCUAAGCAAUAAUAAUUUUGUGGGACAAAUUCCUCCUCCUAUGUUCCUAAACUGCACCAAUUUACAGAGUAUUGACCUCGGAGGCAAUAGAUCGACUGGAAGCAUACCUUUAUGGACAACAUCAUUUGUAUCAUCUAGAUUAUACAAGCUACAAUUGGGCACCAACUCUUUGAGCAAAGAUAUCCCCCGGCGACUUUGCUCUGUGCCAUCUCUUCAUAUCAUAGACCUUGGUCACAACAACUUUUCAGGGACCAUUCCGAACUGUUUGUAUAAUUUGGCCGCUUUGGCCUAUGGUAAUGACACUCUUAGACUUGGUUUUUCUGAAUAUCUAGAGACGGCUAGCUUGAUAUUGAAGGGACAAGAACUCGUAUAUAACACCACUCUGGAAUUUGUGAAUAGCAUCGAUUUCUCAUCAAAUAACUUAGAAGGUGCAAUCCCUGAAGGACUAAGCAGCCCCAUUGGGGACGUUGAACUUGUCCAGAAAUCAACUGACUGGAAACAUUCCUUCAAAAAUUGGAAAUUUGGGGUGGCUGGAAACUCUUGACCUCUCGCACAAUCAUCUAUUCGGGCAGAUCCCUCAUAGUUUUUCUUCAUUAACUUCUAUGUCUCAUUUAGACUUGUCUCACAACAACUUGGCCGGAAGAAUUCCUUCAGGCAGCCAACUUCAAACACUCAAUGAUUCCUCCAUUUACAAAGACAAUCCAUCUUUGUGUGGGCUUCCUCUUCCAACUCUCUGCCCUAGAGACGGCGAACUCACACCA